AUGGGCAAGAAGCGCGGCAACAACAACAACAACAGCAACAAGCGCGGUGGCAGCGACACCUCCGAGAGUGUCCAGGCUGCCAAGGUCAGACGCAACUCCGCCAAGUUCACCAUGUCGCCUGAUGCGAUCGUGAACGACUGCUACGGCGACAAUGGAAGACUUCGCGACUUUCUGACUGAGGAGACCGUUCUGAACGAUGGCAUCGUGCGCUACCGCGUGGGAAACAAAGACCGCGACUUCGAUCUCACCAACAACACUGGCAACUUCAAGGUCGGUGGCGUCAACCUCCGCGAUCACAAGAAGCAGAAGCUGGAGGAGGAUGAGAAGGAGGCUGCUCAGAAGAAGAAGCAGCAGGCGAAGAGUGGCAAGGCUCGCAAGUAG